UCCCAGAACCUCACCUAAGCUUCAUGUGGGCACGGACCAGCAUCCUCUCUUCGGAACCGGAAAAGCAAACCGGCCGGUAGAUUUGUGCCAAGAAUAUUUCCACUCUGCAGCAAAAUUGCCAAGCCAAACCUUCCCCGCUGCUGCAACAGAAUCCACCUCACACAUCUUUGAUGACACAUCACGCAACCGCGCGGUCUCCUCGUCCAAGCAUCCAAGCAAUUGCUGACAAAGCAAUAUCCCAUCUGACAAAGAGCAUCAUUCGAGCAAACGACAAACCCUGGCCGGCAUCCCCAAGAAGAGGCGCGAUAUUUGCUGCUUGGACGGGAAAAGAACUCGCGGGAUCACAGAUCGGAAAAUUUGACGCAUUUCCGAGAGUCCCUUAUCUCCUGGCUGGUUUUCCCUUGGUCCGUUCAAACUGCUGCUCACUUAAGCUGUGGUGUCGAGGUACUGGGUAAUACAUACAGACCGAAACGUCUCGAUCUGGCUGCUUGCUCUCGUCGUGUUGUCGCGUUCUGAACGUGUUAUUCCCAGCCCCUCGGAUUUGACGGUAUAACAAGAUCCGUAUCCGUUGGUAAGUCCCGCGGCUUUGAUGAUGGAAUGGGGGUUUAAAAACAAGAUGCUGACAUAGCCAAGCCCGCGCUGCACAAGGCCAUCCGUUGCUCCAGAAAGAAACAAAAAAAGAAGGACAGUCAGCAUUCCAAUUGCCAUUGCCGGUCGGCGCAGUGCAUUCAGUGGCUCGAGUUGGUGUGUACAGGUAUUGCUUUUGUACGCUCUGUACGCCACCCCUCGCCUCACCACCACCACCCACCAAAACUUCCAUCACCUAAUCAACUCCAUCGAACUGCACUGCUGAGUCAGGACGGCCACUGUGGCAUCGACCUGUCCAAUGUCUAGCGUCAAGAUCGGUAAGUUACUUUACAUUCAUCGUCGUCAUCUGCUUCGUUUCACCCUUGAGGAAAGAUAUAACCACACACCGGACAACAAACACCAUGUCCUGCAACCAAUAUUCAUCAGUCAUUCCGUCGUUGCCUUCUCUUCUGCAGCUCUAGGUGCAAGUGCGCCAUGCGCUGCACAGUACAGGUGUCCGCAGAAACAGGCCGUUUUGCUGUUGCCUGUCAAGUGCUCGCGCUGCACCAUGGUCGUCCCUCGUGUCCCUCAGCAAUAGCGGUCGCCGUUACCGUUGCCGACAAAGAUGGUGAUACUUUUGCUGGACAUUUCUGGCGUGGUCAAACACUCUCGGUCAUCAGAACUUCUUCUUGCCGGCGACAUCUCAUUGCCACAUCUUGUCCUGGUGUAUAUACGCUUCCAAGGGCAGGUCCCUGGCUUGCUUAUCAACCAAAUCCGAUGGCCACCGUCCCAUCCGACAUCUCAGAUCCUCCCCCGCAUCCUCCGUUUCCGUUAGGUUCAUGGUAGUGCCCCGCGGGCCCCUGUCUGUUUGCUCGGUCCGUGGUAACGCGGCGCAUCAACUGUGCGCUGAGGAUUUUGGUUCACUUCUGGAUACAAGAAGGCCCUUCUUACCGCCGUCGUAUCCCUGCCCCUCCUCACCACGCACUUCCUUACAUAAUUCUUCCUUCUUCCCUCCAUCCCACGUUGGCACCUUGCCGGCAUCUGUCCUGCACCACCCACUUGCAUCUUGUUAUUAUCUGUUGUUGCCGUUGUAAGUGCUCGGUCUCCGGCUUUCCUUGCUGUUGGACGUUGGAUCUCUCUCGGCCUGCUGGUGCUUGUGUUUGCAAGGACGGCGUAUAUCCCCAUCCGGUAGCAUGCCUUGGAUUUAUAAUCUGUCCAACCCAACAUGUCCUACCUUCGCAGGCAAACCAGCAGCGUCUCUCACCUUAUAUCUCCGGGCUCCGAGGAUGUUAAUACGGCACCGUUGUCUCUUAUUCAGUCCGAGGUCUUUUUUGACCCUUUCACACUUUCAGCAUUUCUUUCCCCUCCCCACAUUUGACAAUGUGUGGUUGCUUGGAAAUAUAUUUAUUUCUACCGUUGCACAUUACACAGGAUACCUGAACAGGCUGAGUAUACUGACCUAUUAUAAUUCAUAGAGCCUAUUGCUCGAGAAGAUCCAGCUGUGCCCUCGCCAGUUGCUGCCCCAGUGUUAGCACCACCCCAACACAGCGGUUUACAACCACCUCAAACUUUCCAGAACCAUUCACACGUGCAGCCUGAGGGUCCUGGGGAUAACAGAACCUCACCUGCUACAACAGUGGCCAGCCACCCUCCGCCACCACAUGGAUAUAGCCACGCACCAUUGCAACAAGGUGAGGCUUACAUCCAUCCAGAGCUACGAUCGGCUCACGAUCUUGCACCUCCUCCUGGCUACGCACACCCGCCUGCCAUGAUCCCCGCCGGUGUGCCCCCUCCACCUGAACAAGUAGCCGUCAUGUCUGGUCCUACUGCCGUCAUUGCUCCAACAGCCGGCAUGAUGGACAAUGGAGAGACGGCCGACGGAAGAAAAAAGCGUGAGCUUUCCCAGUCUAAACGCGCCGCCCAAAACAGAGCCGCACAGCGAGCAUUCCGCCAAAGAAAAGAAGGCUACAUCAAGAAGCUUGAGCAGCAGGUUGCGGAAUUCAAUCAGAUGGAGGAGAGCGUCAAGGCGAUGCAGGCCGAGAAUUUUCAGCUGAGGGAGUACAUCAUCCACCUACAGUCGCGGUUGCUAGAGAGUCAAGGGAGUUUCCCGCCGCCGCCGGAAAAUAUCAGUCUUGCUCAUCCUAGCAGUGUUCAGGGGAGAGCUCCUGAGGGUGGGGCUGCGGGUGCGGUUCAACCGCCGCCGGGGGCUGCUCAAGGUCAGCAGCAGCCAGUGCCGGCGCCGAAUCCUCUGGAGGUUGCCGCGCAGGCUGUUGCGGGGUUGAGUAGGACUAGCGAGCAGGGCCAUAGAGGGGGGCAGCAAGUGAAUGAUCCGUACGCCGGGUUGAGGGCUGUGGCGGCGAUGAGGGGGGAAGGGGAGGAUGUUAGCACUACGGAGGAGAUUACGAGGCAGUUGCAAGGGGAGGGGGGGCAGGAGGGGAACCUGCCUGGGGCUGCUAUGUAGAGACUGGUCGCAGCGGUGAUGGAUGGAGAG